UAUUAAUCAUAAUUUUUUUAUUCAUUCGUAUUUCAGAUAAAAAUGGCGGGAAAUGAAAAAUUUACUGAGCUAGCAUCGAAUCUAGUUGGUUCGACCUAUGCCAAGCAAGGACUUGAAGCAAGCAGUGUACGACAGGGAAAGCUUGCCACCUUGCUUCAGCAAGGCAAACUCCCGGACAAGGGUUGGAGUGAUCAGGAUAUAGAGCAAACUCUGCUAGAGUUGUCUAGUAUGGACAGUAACAACUUCCCCUCCAACUGUGGGGUUGGGGAGAGGGAGGCAAGAAUAUACUCGGGUAUAGUCAGGAGAAGACAUUUUGGUCUUGGUCAUGGUAUUGGUAGAUCAGGUGACAUUUGUGAGGUCCAGCCCAAGGCAGCAGGAUCAAGCAUCAUUAACAAGCUCACAAACAGUAUGUUGCUGGAUACUUUAAAACUUGGAGGAGUUAGUAGGGUCAAACAGUGCUUUUUAGUUCCAACAGCUACCGGGAUGGCUCUAACUCUUUGUAUGUUGUAUUUUAGAAAGAAAAGACCAAAGGCUAGGUAUGUUCUCUGGUCUAGGAUUGAUCAGAAGUCUUGUUUCAAGAGUAUACUAACUGCAGGUUGCACUCCAGUCAUACUUCAGCUUAAAAGGUUGGAUGACGAGCUUCAGACUGACCUGCACGCUUUAAAAUUGAAAGUUGAUGAACUUGGAGCUGAAAAUAUUAUAUGUAUUUUCUCGACAACAAGCUGUUUUGCCCCGAGAGCUCAUGACGAUCUACCUGAAAUCGGGAAAAUCUGCAAAGAGAAUAAUAUCCCGCACCUAGUGAAUAACGCCUACGGAGUUCAGAGCAGUAAAUGCUGUUUUCUUAUCGACGAGGCUGCCAGGGUUGGCCGGCUGGAUCUAUUCGUCCAGAGUACAGAUAAGAAUUAUCUUGUGCCGGUGGGAGGAGCUAUUAUAGCAGGGUUUGACCGGAAGAUAAUAGCUGAGGUCGGACAAACCUAUCCAGGUCGUGGAUCAGGGACCCCUAGCCUGGAUAUAUUUAUAACCCUCCUGGGACUGGGAGCUGCUGGGUUCAAGACCCUCCUCGCCACCAGGAAGAACAACUUCCUCCUGCUCCAGGAAAGGAUGGAGAGGAUUGCUGAGAGGUUUGGACUACACCUUCUCAAGACCAAGAAUAACACUAUAUCUAUCGCUCUAACUGUUGGGAGUGAGGGAAAGGCUGCCACUCAUCUGGGUUCUAUGCUGUUUACUCGCGGAGUCUCAGGCACCAGAGUUGUCACAAUGACCUCUAAGGAUAUCGAGGGGUACAGGUUUGAAGGGUGGGGUGGACACACUGGUCGACCUUUUAAUGCUUAUCUUACUGCAGCAGCAGCUAUUGGAAUGGAUCCAGAGGAUAUUGAUUCUUUUAUAAAACGUCUAGAGAAGGUUCUAGAGAAAUCAAGGUGUACGGCAUCUAAACUAGAAACCACACUAGGUCCUGAUGAGGAGGUGACGACAGCUAAUCAUAAUAACGGAUUAGAUAACUUAGAACAAAUAACAGGAGAGCUGAUGCUUUAAACAGUUUGUAAGGAAGACAUGCAAACAAAACUGAGUAUUAGUGGUACAUUUAACCCCAAAACGGCGUAUCAGUUAAGUGUGUUCGUGAAUAUGAAAGGGUUGUUUGAUAUUCAUUCGAAUCAAAUUAGAACUCGAUUGGUGUCGUUUUUAUUUCUAUUCGAUGUUUAUUCCAGGAAAAAUUGAUUUCGACCGCACUUACCAAAGACUUGAGAAAUUCAUUAGGUAUAAUAUCUAGAAUAGAACCUAUUAUUGCGUUUGUUCAAUAAACCCAUAAACUUAUCACGGGUUUAUUUUUAAUCAAACUCCUUCCUAUAAAUUCGUAUUUCCAGUCAGAAAAUUUAAAGUUGUGUGGAGUACCUAAGAUUAUUUUAUGCUUCAAAGAAGCUAAAAUUACAUAAUUCAUUUUUUGGAAAUUUUCCAUUUAUCUUAUUGAUUUUUGCUAGCUAGUUUAAAAGAGAAAAAUUAUAAGAAAAUAUGUAUUAAAAUUAUCAUAAAUAAUGGCAGAGAACUCUUAACGAUAAGCUAAGUUUAAUUUUUUAGUUUUUAUUAAUAUUUAUCUAUCGUGCUCAACUCAUAUAUUACUUUCUGGUCGUAGUACAGUUUAAAACCAUGCAUAUCAGAAUUUAGACUUAUAAAUGGUUUUCUCUUUUUCUAUUUAUGUCCAGAACCUGUGCCAACACUUUUUCGGAUUUAUAUGUAUCGUUAGUUAAAACAAAGAUUUUUGUAUUAUGUCAUUUUUGUAUUCUCUGAAAAGUUUGGUUCUAAGUCAGAAAUUGAAAUUGUUGUUAGAUUUUUUUAAAUGAUAUGCAUUUAAUCACAUUCAAUAUUUAAACAGCUGAAUCCUGAUCGCUUAUAUAGCUGAUAUAAGGACUAGAGACGUAAUUUCACAUGACUCUCAUCUCUAAAGGGGCACGGCCGAUUCACAAUGGUAAUAUAUUAACUUGUAAAGCUUUGUUUUAUAUGGGUGUAAGAGAUAUCCAUCGUCUCCUUUUGAAAAACUGAUUAUUUUUAAUGAAUAUUGCGUAUUUCUUAAUUUGAAACAAUAUGGAGAAAAUGGUCUUAGAUAAACACUUUUCAAAGAGGAAGAAAGACUAUAUCUUCUACAUUUUAAUCAUAAAAGGUGGUAAAGUGGGUCAUGCUCAUCUUUUAAUUUAAGGUCACUUGAAAUUACGUUCAAUCCCGUAAAUACCUCAAUUUGGUCUUCUUGGGAAAACUGUGAAUUUUGAACGCAAUCGAUGACUACAUUUAAGACUACAUUUUGUAAAUGUUAAGAACAAGAGUCUUUUAUAUUAUAGUCCAUAAAGUCAUACAAAAAUAACGAUCAAGUUCAGUUGGACACUAAGAAAGAUUGUAGAUGUUUUGUGAAAUAUUUAGAACAAUUAUUUGCAUUUGACUUUACUAAGAGAUCAUUAUUAAACCCCAGUGCGCUUGAAGUAAUUGAUCAUAUUGUUUCUACAUAUCUUGUUAUUGUCUUGUUAUACAAGUUUAAUUCAUGUUCUUUAUUAUUGAAUAUACAGUUGGUGAAUUCA